AUGGUGGCUGCGGUGGACAGUGCCCGGAGCUCAGAGUACAACAGUCACAUGCCUUACGGUUAUGCAGCCCAGGCCCGAUAUGCAGCCCAGGCCCGAGCCGGCGAGUGGGAGAGGCUCGCUCACUCCAGGGCAGCAGCGGCCGCAGCUGUCGCAGCCACCACCGCCGCGGUGGAAGGCAGCGGGGGUUCCGGAGGGGUCUCCCAUCACCACCACCAGUCUCGCGGGGCCUGCACCUCCCAUGACCCUCAGGGCAGCCGGGGCAGUAGGAGGAGGCGGCGACAGCGGCCCGAGAAGAAGAAAGCCCACCACCGUCAGAGCAGCUUUCCGCAUUGCUCUGAACUGAUGCCCAGCGGCUCCGAGGAGAAGAUCCUCAGGGAGCUGAGUGAGGACGAGGAGGAGGAGGAGGAGGAGGGCAGGUUUUACUACAGCGACGACAAGCAUGGCGACGAGUGCUCCUACACCGACCUGCUGCCGCAGGACGGCGGGGGUGGCGGUGGCUACAGCUCCGUGCGCUACAGUGACUGCUGCGAGCGCGUGGCGAUCAACGUCUCGGGCUUAGAGACCCAGAUGAAAGCGCUGGCCCAGUUCCCAGAGACUUUGUUGGGGGACCCUGAGAAGAGGACUCAGUACUUCGACCCUUUGCGCAACGAGAAUUUCUUCGACAGGAACAGGCCUAGCUUCCAUGCCAUCUUGUAUUAUUACCAAGAGGCGCCUGAAGAGGCGGUCAAUGUCCCCUGUGACAUCUUCACCGAGAAGGUGAAGUGCUACCAGCUGGGAGAGGAGGCCCUGCUGAAGUUUUGGGAGGAUGAGGGCUUGGUGCGAGAGGAGGAAGACAGGGCGCUGCUCUAGAAUGAAUUCAAGAAACAGAUCUUAGGCCCGCCGAAAAAGAAACAGAUCUGGCUUCUCUUUGAGUAUCCAGAGAGCUCCAGCCCGGUCCAGGCCAUCGCCAUCGUCUCCGUCCUGGUCAUCUUAAUCUCCAUCGUCAUCUUCUGCCUGGAAACCUUGCCUGAGUUUAGGGACAACAGGGAUCUCGUCCUGGCCCUGAGCGCGGUGCUGAAUGACACCUCGGUGCCCGACCCAUAGAACUCAGGCCACACGAUCUUCAGCGACCCCUUCUUCAUCCUGAAGACAGUCUGCAUCGUUUGGUUUUCCUUCGAGUUCAUGGUUCGCUGCUUCACUUGCCCCAGCCAGGCUCUCUUCUUCAAGAACAUCAUGAACAUCAUUAACAUCAUCUCCAUUUUGCCUUACUUCAUCACCCUGGGCACUGACCUGGCCCAGCAGCAGGGGGGUGGCAACGGUCAGCAGCAGCAGGCCAUGUCGUUUGCCAUCCUCAGGAUCAUUCGUCUGGUCAGGGUGUUCCGGAUCUUCAAGCUGUCCAGGCACUCCAAGGGCCUGCAGAUCCUGGGGCACACGCUCAGGGCCAGCAUGCGGGAGCUGGGCCUGCUUAUCUUCUUCCUGUUCAUCGGGGUCAUCCUCUUUUCCAGCGCCGUGUAUUUUGCGGAGGCGGGUGAACCGCCGACCCAUUUCCAAAGCAUCCCGGAUGCAUUUUGGUGGCCCAUGGUGACAGUGACAACUGUGGGCUGUGGGAACAUGAUACCCAUCACAGUGGGGGGCAAGAUCGUGGGGUCCCUGUGUGCCGCUGAGGGUGUCUUAACCAUUGCUUUGCCAGUGCCAGUGACUGUCUCUAACUUUUUCUACCACAGGGAAACCGAGAAUGAGGGACAGACGCAGCUGACACAGAACGCAGUCAGUUGCCCAUAUCUCCUUUCUAAUUUGCUGAAGAAAUUUCGGAGCUCUACUUCUUCCCUGGGGGACAAGUCAGAGUCUCUAGAAAUGGAAGAAGGAGUUAAGGAAUCUCUGUGUGCAAAGGAGAAGUGUCAGGGGGAAGGGGAUGACAGUGAGACAGAUAAAAACAACUGUUCCAUCGCAAAGGCGUGGAUGUGUGAAUUUCGUUCUCCACCUGCCACUGUCCCCGUAGCCCCCAACCCCAGCAUCUCCAAAUAUAUUUAUGCAUAG